AUGGCACCUCGGCACUUGAAAUUUAUCGAAAUAAUUCGUAAACUAAUCGCAAAACCACUGUUCAAUUUGCACUUUGUUCUGAGCAACAAGGGAAAAUCGGUCACCACCUAUGCAUUCCUAGACGAUGGAUCUAAUUUAACGCUGCUGGAGAACGCUUUAGCCAGUAAACUUGAUCUUGACGGAAUUGAAGCCCCUCUCUGUUUACAAUGGACAAGUAAUGUAACCAGAAAAGAGUUUUCGUCAAAGAGAGUACAGCUAACAAUUCGGGCAGUCGACAAUGAAUCAGAAUAUGUACUGCAAGACGUUCGUACUGUAGACAAUUUAGGUUUACCCACGCAAAAUCUAGUUUAUCAAGAACUAUCACAGAGAUUUGCAUUUCUACGAGGUCUUCCGAUACAGAGUUAUGCAGAAGCAGUACCAGGUAUUUUGAUCGGGGUGGACAACGCGCGGCUCAUGCUGCCACUGAACAAACGAGAUCCACGUGAUACGGAGCCAAUAGCUAUUAAGACACGUUUGGGAUGGACUAUGUUUGGCGGCCGCCGCGAGUCUAAUGAACCAGAGAGGCUAAUGGUACAAAUCUGCAACUGCUCAGCGGACCGUGAACUAAAUGACCUAGUAAAGGACUAUUUUGCGCUGGAAGAUGUAGGUGUCUCUGGAUUUGCAGUCCCUGAAACCGCAGAUCAUCGCGCGCGGAAAAUUCUACAACAAACAACGAGGCGAACCAAAUCUGGAAGAUUUGAGACCGGGUUGCUAUGGAAAACUGACAACAUCGAAUUCCCAAACAGUUUCCCGAUGGCCGAGAGCCGAUUCAAAUGUUUAGAGCGUCGGCUGCGAUUAGAUCCGGAAUUUCAAAACAUAGUUGCCGAACAAAUCGUCGAGUAUCAGGAACGAGGGUACGCUCAUAAAGCCACUAUAGAGGAAUUGCAGGGUACCGAUCCCCAGAGGGUUUGGUAUUUGCCAUUGGGAGUGGUUCGGAAUCCUCACAAGCCAGCUAAAGUUCGCGUUGUGUGGGAUGCCGCAGCAACAGUCAGUGGUGUCUCACUAAACUCGAUGCUAUUAAAAGAACCCGAUCUAUUGAAGCCGCUGGUAUCAGUUCUAUGCCGUUUUAGGCAACGACAGUACGCGAUAGCAGCCGACAUACGGCAAAUGUUUCAUCAACUUCUAGUUCGAAAGGAAGAUCGCCAAUCACAAAGGUUUCUAUGGCGGACCGAUCCAGCAUCCCCUCCAGAGAUAUACGUCAUGGACGUUGCUACCUUCGGAGCUAAAUGUUCUCCAUGCUCAGCGCAGUAUGUUAAGAAUACAAACGCAAUGGACUAUUCAGACCGCUAUCCCGAAGCAGCGCUGGCCAUUGUGGAGAACACAUACGUGAAUGACUACCUUGAUAGUAGAGACACGAUUGAAGAAGUAGUCAACCUGGCGAUAAACGUUCGCCUAAUGCAUGGUAAAGCAGGCUUCGAAAUCCGAAACUGGCAAUCGAAUUCGGAACAAGUUCUAGCAUGGGUCGGGGAAGACGACCCCAAGGCCACGAAGAAAUUCUCUGCGGAGAAAGCGACAGUGGCUGAACGUAUACUGGGGAUGAUGUGGAUCCCAAACGAAGAUAUAUUCGCGUUCACCGCACAACUUCGACCUGAACUUCAACCCCUGUUGGACGGCGCUAUUAUCCCAACUAAACGACAGGUCUUACGAGUUGUUAUGAGCCUGUUCGACCCUCUCGGCAUCGUAUCUACAUUUACAGUGCAUGGAAAAAUCCUUAUUCAGGACAUAUGGCGAUCAGGGGUUGGAUGGGACGAUCCCAUCACUAAGGAUGAUUUCUUAAACUGGCAGCGCUGGGUCAAGAGGACUUCAGAGUUAGAUGUAGUGCAAAUACCUAGAUGCUACUUUCCAAAUUACAAAAAACAAAGCUACGAGUCAAUGGAGUUGCACGUAUUUGUAGACGCAAGUGAAAAGACGUGUUGCGCAGUAGUAUAUUUUCGUACUAUCGACGGUGGAACACCAACGUGUGUGUUGGUUGCAUCCAAAACAAAGGUGACCCCGUUACGACCUCAAUCCAUCCCAAGAAACGAGCUUACUGCUGCCGUCCUCAGUGUGCGACUCAUGAAGACGAUUGCGGAAAAUCAUGAUUUGCUGAUUACAAAACGCUUCAUUUGGACCGAUUCAAUGACUGUGUUGUCGUGA